AUGUCAUGGAGGCAUUCCCGUUGUCGCAUGCAUGCGCCAUGCAAUGCCAUUAUUAGCGCGAUUACGGUGGUACCAGGCAUUCAUGAGCGCACACUACUGUGCAGUCCACACACAAAAACUCUGGGGGACUUUGUUGGAGCUGUGGUGGUAGCACAGGUCUUGCCCCAUUUCACACCCUCUCUUGACGAUGAUUUCUUUUUUCGCUUCGAUUUCAUUCCUUCUUCCUCUCUUGUACAUAUUCUGCUUAUUGCUAACAUUGUCAGCGACCAUAUCAGGCCACACCACAAAGCUGCGGAAGCUGACAACAGCGGCUUGUCUGGAGGGAGGGGGAUUUGUUUUCGAGCAACUCAAUACUGUGUCUUCUUGACUACCAUAUCAAUCGGCAGACCAAGCGAAGCAGGCACAACAGGCUGCCUUAAGUUCCUGGCUACUUUGCCAUGCUGUCGGCUGGUGUGCACCCUCUUUCGGAUUGAAGAUCCAGACCGCUCAGGAGAGUGGCUGAGGCAAGAGGGUCAACAAGGAGGGGUGCGAAGCGCGGUUGGCGAUGGCCGCAUAAUGAGGUGCCCCCCAACAUCAGCUGGCGGUCCCGGGACAAACAAGGCGGCGGUUCUGGGUGCCUUAGCGUUGGGGUUUGAAUAUCGGAAGGGUAAGACGGUUCACCGAGCGAUGAACCUUCCAGACGGGCCUGUAGUACCGCUGGCAGUCCUGAAUCUUCUCCUGUUGGCGUAUUUCCACUUACCACAGCAUAAGCGGCCUAACAAUUAUACGCCAGGCAUUCCGUUCGCUCAUCAGGAUAUAGAGAUCGACGAAAUGUUAAUUCUUCCCUCGACGCUUCACUGUAUCAAGGCUGAGAGGAAAGCACUGCUGAUAUACUUCCAGUUGGAGGCUCAUCGAGCUGACUCUCGACAGGAUAGACAUGGAGUACGACCCCAGUCACUCCGCCGAAGCGCCGGUGCUCAAUGGCCCACCUUCGACAGACACGCUUCGUGUACCAUUCGCACGCAGCAAGGGUGCGAUGAUCGGGACCCGCGUAAGAGUGACCUUACAACAAGCUGUUCCCCAAACCUUCGCAGUCUUGCGCUCUGUUCGGAUCCCGAGAAAGCGGCACCAACGAUCUGCUCCGAGCGCGUCGUCAAUUCCUUUAUCAACACUGGCAUCGCUUUCAUCACGCCUGCCAGCGCUUUCGCAAUUGCUAGCUGGGCCCCGAAAUCACUAAUUGGCAAUGUCGAUGAUGCAGAAUUACCCUACAACGGCAUUCAGAUUGAUAGGCUGGGUUUCGCCACUACUACCUCACAUGCACCAAGGAAUGGACCCUCAGUAGCUUCUAGGUAUGCUGCACUGGUUGGCUGUCUUUGCAUCAUCCAGAUCUUGAGGCGCAAGUAUCAUCAAAUCAGACCACCGCCCCAACCACAGCGGCGGGACAUUAUGGGCUCCCUGGCCUUUCCACCUAAUUUGAGCCAAAAGUCCAACGUCAAAAACUGGUCAACGCGGGUCCUGGAAAAGCCCAUCCCGCUGGAUCAUGCGAUUUUCCAAGUGACGAACUGCCCACUGGGACAUUACCUCGGACGAGUCUUCAUGGGCACAAUGGGCUUGCGGAUAUCUGCUACCCCUUCGUCGAGAGCUCGUUCGGCCUUGAGUUACAGCAACCCUUGCCAUCUUGACGCCGUUUUUGUGUUCGAUUGUCAUCUCAGCUGGGCCUUACCCCCAAACCCUAAGAUCGGGUACGUGCCAGUGUUGAGGGACCUCGAUAGAAGCGUUGACAACCUUGACAGCUUAAACCUUAGUGUUCUGGUCCCCUUUUUCUCUGAGCUUCGCCGUUCGACCAACAUCCGCCAUCUUCAGAGUAUAAGCCGUUGGCUGUCGAUGUUGGCUCAGUCUCUCGGUGCCGGCACUUUGUCAUUCGACCGCCGGCCUUGCAAACGUCGGAGAAGCCCAGGUUGCAGUCUGCUACAAACUUCACAGCAAUAUCCUUGCCCAAGUCUUCUAGUGGAAGCUCUUACCGAACUGAAAGCAGUCGCUGCCGAUCCCGCCCCUGGCUGUGUCCCCGUCGCUCGGAAGCCAGGCCCAUUAAACCGGAGACCCCACCGAGUUAUCCCGGCCGCGACCCUCGGCAACUUUACGACCUCGAUUCGUCUAGGACUUAUAACCUGGAUUCGUGCUGGUCCGUUGCGCAUACGUGACUACCGGUCCUUCUCUCCUCAACUGCGAUCGUUACUUUAG